UAUUCAUCUUUGGAUAGCUCGUGCAAGCCAAAGAACAGAAAACAAAAACACGAGCGAUACCUCACUCGCAAGUUGAUCCGCUCUCGUUUCUCCUGCCGUUGGGUGUUGCUAUUAUGGCCACGGCAUUCGUUCACAGCUCCUGCAACACCGUCUCCGGCAGCAAUCCACAGCGUCGCCUCCUCAGAGAAUCCCCCGCCGCCUCCACCUCGACCACCAGGCGCCGGUCCAGAGUCAACCUAGCCUCCGUCGCCCGCACGCUCUUCUCCCUCAUAAACGCCGGACGAGUCCGAGAAGCUGCGUCUUUGUUCGAGAGCACCGAGAAGCCCGACACGUUCCUGUGGAACCUCAUGAUCAGGGGGUACGCCAACGCCGAGCUCUACGAAGAAGCCGUCUAUGUUUACCGCCGAAUGCAGGACGCGGGCGUCUGGGCGGAUCAUUUCACCUUCCCCUUCGUGAUCAAAUCCUUCGCCAACUCGUCAUCGUACGAUGACGGGCUGAGGGUCCAUGCCAAGAUCAUCAAGGUUGGGUUGGAUUCAGAUCUUUUCAUCUGCAAUUCGCUCGUAACGAUGUAUUCCAAGUUUGGGCUCCUCAGCGCUGCCGAGAGGGUGUUCUACGAAAUGCCUGAAAGGGAUGACGUGUCAUGGAAUUCGCUGGUCGAUGGUUAUGUUUCGAAUGGAGAAGGCUGGAGGUCUUUGGUGUGCAUCAAACAGAUGCAAGAGGCUUUUGGCAUGAAGCUUGAUUGGUUCGCUAUCACGAGUGCUCUGGCAGCCUGUUCUCUGGAGCUGUGUUUGGAGCAAGGGAAGGAGAUCCAUUGCCAUGUCAUAAGGAAUGGGCUAGAGCCUGAUAUCAAGCUCCAGACUGCUCUUCUAGACAUGUACUGCAAAAAUGGAGACAUGGUCUAUGCCGAAAGACUAUUCACCUCAAUGUCUCGGAGAAACGUCGUAACUUGGAACGCCUUGAUUGGCGGGUAUGUGCUGAAUGAUGAACCACUGCGGGCAUUUGCUAGCGCCAUCAAAAUGCAAGACAAUUACAUGAUUCCAGAUACAAUCACACUGGUGAAUCUCCUACCUGCGUGUGCGGAACUGAGAAGCAUGGAUCAUGGAAAGGCGAUUCACACAUUAGCAAUUAGAAAAGGGUUCCUUCCUCAUCUGAUCCUUGAGACCGCCUUGAUGGAUAUGUAUGCGAAAUGCGGAGAUCUGAAGCCCUCAGAAUUGUUAUUCGAAAAGAUGACUGAGAAGAGCUUGGUAUCAUGGAAUGCCAUGAUCGCGGCCUACGUACAAAAUGGGAGGAACUUAGAAGCACUGCAGCUCUUUCUCCACCUUCAGGAAGGGCCUCUAGGACCAGAUGUCUUCACCAUUUCAAGCAUCAUCCCUGCCUGUGCCGAGCUAGCAUCACUACAGCAAGGAAAGCAAAUUCACAGCUAUGUCUUGAGGGCUGGGUAUGGAAGUGACUCUGUGGUGCUGAAUUCCAUCGUAGACAUGUAUGCAAGAUGUGGUGAUCUGAACAUCUCAAGGCAAGUGUUUGAUAGAAUGAGGUGCAGGGACCUGGUCUCAUGGAAUAUACUCAUCAUGGGUUAUGCUAUUCAUGGACACGGGAAAGCUGCAUUAGAACUGUUCUCUGCUAUGAAGGACACCGGAUUGAAGCCUAACCAGAGUACAUUUACAUCGGUGUUAGCUGCUUGCAGCAUAACUGGCUUAUCCGACGAAGGUUGGCUGCACUUUGAUUCUAUGCAACAAGAAUACGGCAUGUCUCCUGAGAUUGAGCAUUAUGGAUGCAUGGUUGAUCUCCUUGGACGGACAGGAGAUCUGAGAGCAGCAAUAGACUUCAUAAACAAAAUGCCAUUAGUUCCUACCGCAAGAAUAUGGGGAUCACUUUUAACCGCAGGUAGGAACAACAGGAACAUCGAAGUAGCAGAGUUUGCAGCAGAACAAAUCUUACGAUUGGAACAUGACAACACUGGUUGUUAUGUCCUGCUCUCGAGCAUGUAUGCUGAUGCCGGGAAAUGGGAAGAUGUGGACAGGGUGAUGUCUCUUAUGAGGCAGAAGGGGCUCAACAGGACAGCAGCAAGAAGCCUGGUCGAGUUUGAUGGAAAAACGUGCAGUUUUGUUAAUGGAGACAAAUCGCAUGCUCAAAGCAAUAAGAUUCAUCAAGUGUCGAGUGUUCUUUCAAGAAAGAUUGAAGAAGCUGCUUGUGAUCCUGGUGCCAUAUUUGACCCAAUUGAUGCAGUAAUGAAGAGAGCAAAUUCGCCGAACAGGCACAGCUUAAGGCUAGCAGUUAUAUUUAGAUUGAUAUCGUCAACAGUUGGAAGCCCUGUCUUAGUGAAGAAGAAUGUCCGAAUAUGUAAUCAUUGCCACCAUGCAGUCAAGCUGAUAUCUGGUUUUAGCGGACGAGAAAUUAUUGUUGGUGACACAAAGAUCUAUCAUCACUUCUCCAAUGGCACAUGUAGUUGUGGUGAUUAUUGGUGACCUCAAUCACGACAUAUAUAUAGUAAAGAUAAAUCGAGUGCACUAAGGCAUGAUGUAUACAGUACAAGUUAGCAUGUAUGUAAAUAACGAAGAUGGAGGUGACAUGCUAUUUAAAGGAACCGAAAACUUGUCUCAGACAGAAGCUGUGAUAAUAACUUGUAUUUGCAGCCGCCUGCAGUUGUUUAUACACAGUGAGGGAGACAAUCGAAGUGCCGCUUUUGUCAGUUUUCAAUACAAAAUUUGCAUCUAA